CCACGUACUUUACGUGACACACAAAAUUACUUACAAGCUAAAAUGAGUGGCAUGUUAACAAGGUUUUAUCCUGGACUGAAAGCUGUUUCAUCGCCUUGCUGCAGGAACAAGUGUUGUCUCGGGGCAAAUGUUUUGUAAAUAUAUGGUUGACCCAGAUCUUCUUACACGGCAGCUUUUACACACAGUUCAACAGAGAAAUGGUUCAACUGCAGCUGCCACUCCUCCUUCUCACGCAGAGGACUCUUUAGGGAAGAGCAGCGGAAUCAUCCCUGGUGCAAUUGCUGCCACAGUGUUUAUUUCCUUUCUCCUUGCUCUCUACGCUGUCCUCUGGAAGUGCAUGGUGUCACCGCCAAAACGAAAGCACAGCAAGGUGAGGGUUAGAGUACAACAGAGGACUUCAGUGUGAGGACUGUCUCCUGUUCGGCAGGUCAUUUUGGAUAUUAAUGGUGCGGACUAAAAUCUGAGAGUGGACUUUGCUCUCAGUCAGAGAAAAGUGCCAGAGUGACAGAGUACUACAGAACAUCUUCCUAAUAGAGUCAAAGAUCAAACCGCAAAAAAUCGGACUCGACUAAGUGGAAGCGUCACCUGUGUCUCUCAGCUUUACUGUCUGCUGGAGAUUCCUGUGAGUCAAAUGUCAUUGACACAUGACACAUGACAGGUCAGGUUUUGCUGCUUUUUUCUGUUUCUUUCUGUCCACCGUGAACGCUGCACUACGGCGGAUCGAGGCAGCUCAGGCCACAACUUGCUCUAGUGACCAAUAAACUAUGAGAGAGAGUGUGAUAUAUUUAGUAUAUGUAUAUUUUGCAUGUUUUGUUUCCAUGAUUUGACUUCUUCCUGUGUCAAAUGGACAUGUCCUCUAUUCUGGCUUAGUAUUUCCUUGUAAUAUUUGAAAUUACAUAAUGGCAUGAGUAAGUUCCAUUUACAUCCAUUUUAAUUUGUCCUUGUUUUGGCUGCCAGGAUGUUCAGGACAAUCAGCUGAUCACCUCUGCUUGAGUGCUUGGACAGCAUCCAGAAAUGGAUUUAGAUUCUGUAUUUUAUUUGUCCUCUGUUAUCUUGUUUGAAAUUGAUGUGGUUUAUUAGCUUUACUCAGGAUAUUGUAACUGCUGUAUGACCUUUUUUUCUGUCUAAUAAACUGUGACUGGUGGUUUUUCAC